AGAGGGCUUUUACUGUCCAUGGACUGACGCCAAACUAAUGUUGUUUUUCCGGCAAACGGCAUGACGUAUACCGCAGUUCCUGAAAGAUGUCUGCUGUUAGCAAGCCGUAUGCCAGUCUUUGCGCCGUGGCAAUUUUAUUUGCUUGCUGUAUGUCAUGGAAACACUCCAUAGUCGGUGUGAGGGAUGCCCUCCUUCUGGCAGGACGAACCUUUCUGCUGUUGUGUUCCAUCACCUUUGCAUUGUACUUGUAUCCGCGAAUGAAAGUCGUCCUUUUCCCACCAACAAGUCAAGAGGAGACCGAGGGACCAGAGGAUGCUGAAGCAAGGCUUAAACAAGACAUUGCCAGAUUGGAGCAGCAGGAAAAGUUAAACAAUAAGGCCUCUCACUAUCAAGAGAAUGUGCAAAAGCCAAAGCAAGAGGCUCGUCUGAAAAAGAAAGAGGAAAAGUUUUAUGCCAUGACUGGAGAGACCUGGAAACUGACUGAAGGACAACAAUUAGGGGAAGGAGAGUUGGAUGACCAGGAGGACAUUGAAGAGCAGGAGGAGUUAACAGCCCAGCAGAGGGCCAUCCGAAGGCGAAAGCUACCAGCGAUGGCGUUCCAGGGACCUGCCAAAAAAGACCCCCCUUUGGCUAAAAGAGUUAUUGUUUUGCCAGACGAACCACCAGUAGAUGCAGAAGGGGUUGUAAAUGUGGCAUUAAGAUGUCUAAGCGGAAGAAUAUUAAAACGGAGAUUUCUGAAGUCUCAUCCAUCUACUGUUCUUGUGGACUGGAUGUUUAAGAGUGGUUACCAUCCAGCAGUGUAUGCCAUUUGUGAGCCCUAUCCACGACGACCAUUACAGACUGAGGAACACCUAACAUUGGCGGAUGUUGGUAUUGUAAGGAACUCUGUGCUCAAUGUGGAGGAGAAAGACCCAUCCACAACAUAAGGAAUUACACCUCUCCAAGACACCCAAGGAAACACUUAUUGGUCACAUAAAAGUGUAUUUUUGUGUCCAGGUGCCGCACUAAUAAUCCUGUUUUAAGUGCCAUGUCACAAUGAUGUCCUCUGUGACUUUAAGGCUUUCAAGGACAUUUUGUCAUACUUAUUAUUUAGCAAGUCAUAUACGGCAAUAACGGGGUGAAUUAUAUGGUUUUCAUUUAGUGCAUUAUUAUGGUUAUGGUCAUGUUUAUGGUUACAGUUAUGGUUAUGGUUAUGGUUAUUGCUGUUUGGCAGAUGCCUUUGUCCAAAGCGACAUACAAAUGAGAACAAUACAAUAAUGAAUUUCAGACAGUAGGGUGAAUAGCAAUAUAAACAAUAAACCAUAUCAAUUCAAGCAAUAACCUAAUGAACAUAAAUAAUUAAUAUGAAGGAGAAUAGCUUAUAAACAAUAAAGUGUUUCAUUCAAACAUGAAAAACAAAACAAUACUAUGUUAUACAAACCAUAACGCAUAAGAAGCGCUUAAUAGACUAAGUGCAUGUUGAACAGAUACGCCUUAAAGCCUACCACAACCACACACAUAAAGAUAAUCGGGCUGAUUUUGCCCCGAUUUUCCCCCUUCCGACCAAAGACAGAAAACGACCGAAUAUCUUAAGCUUUUAUCUUAAACUUUUAACAUUAUCUUAUGAGAUUCUCUUGUAGUGUGUGGUGUGUUAAGAGUCAAAAUUCCCCCGACAAUUGCCUCGGAAAAUGUUCGGCGCGAUAAUCGGAAAUAUUAAACAUGUUCAAUAUUUGCGACUGGAAAUCCUGUAGUGUGUGUGGAGUGCUCCGAGGGCAGCCAAGCACACCACACACAACACGAUCAAAGCUGUUCAAUCAAAGAUUUUUUUUUAUCUUCAAAAAAAAUAAUCUUUUACUAACCUAUAUCUAAUAUAAAUAUUGUCACUUCAUGGACCGCUGGGAUGUAUGUGUAUGAUUGUAUAUGUAUGUAAUGUAAGAAUGUAUGUUAAGUGUUUUGGUGUACUAUGUAUGCUUUUACUGUACCACUACCUUCUCUGUGAUCUUUGGGCCCCCGCCUAUAAGCUUCCCUAGCUUCUUUGGGGGACCCAUUCACUUUACCCAUUUUAAGUUUAUAACCCUACUGUAAUAUUUUGUUCGAAGUGGUAUUGUGAAUAAACUAAACUAAACUAAAACUAAACUGGGGCCUCUCACAGAUAAAAAAAAAAAUCAGUUGAAAUUUAUAAAAUCUUUUGUACCUCUGUGUACCGCCCUUAAGACCCCUCUUGAAAGAUCAUACUCAUACAUCAUCAUAUAAUACACUCGAGGGCUGAGAAGCAAGAGGGCGUUAAGUGACAUUUCACCAACUUUACAGGAGAGCCAAAACAACUCUAACUGCUUCUGUAUGUCCACAUACAUAUCCAAUAACUUUGUAUUUAUAAAUAUUUAACUUAUAAUUUUGUCAGUUUCGAAAGAGCUCAUCAAGAGCUUUCAGGUGAUAUAUAACUCAAUUUUGACCAAAAUGUCACUUACGCCCUUUUGCUUCUCAGCCCUCGCACUGAUCUAAUAGUUAAUAGUGUCAGAGAUGUCAGGAAUUUCCAUUACUUUUGGUACUGAUUUAAACAAGAAAAAGUAAUAUUUUUUCUGUUUACUUGAGAAAGGUCAAGCAACUCACCAACCUCUACAUUUUUAUCUACUCUGACCACAAAGAUCCAUCAUUAAAGAUGUAUCACUGAAACAUUUAAGGUCUGCCAUUCCAAAUACAAUUUCUAUCUGAUACCCUUAUACCUGUAGAAGGAGAUUACAUACCGGACAUGACCCGGUUUGCAGAGGCCAGACUGUCUAGGCUUAAGGUGGAACUGUGUGUUCUGUAAUUUUUGUGCUUGCUUGACAUGGUAGUUGAGACCUGACAUGCACAACAGAUCCUAUCAGGUUAAUAACAGUCCGUGCAGAGACAUUUCUGCACUUUCCAUCAGGACUCCAUUUACAGUAAUUGCCAACGAUCUAUUGUGUUUGAUCCGUUGGACUGGAUGCCUGGAAUAUUAUAUUUAGACCAUCUGUUUGUAUAGGAUGUUGGAUAAUUGGUGCAGGUUUGUUUUUUGAGUUUUUUUUUAUCAAGUUCCAGUAGAGUAGACUAAUGUCUUCAGGUGCUUUAUGAUCUGUCCUGCUCUGCUGUGCACAACCUUUCAAUGUUUCUAUUUUUAAUAAAUACAUUUUGUAUCAGU